AUGACCCAUGGGCGCAGCUUCUUUCACAUUGUAGCAAGUCUAAUCAUCCUACAUUUGUCUGGGGCAACCAAAAAAGGAACAGAAAAGCAAACUACUUCCGAAGGACAGAAACCAGUGCAGUGUGGAACUUGGACAAAAUAUGCAGAAGGAGGCAUCUUCACUUCUCCCAAUUACCCCAACAAGUAUCCUCCUGACAGAGAGUGCGUCUACAUUAUAGAAGCUGCUCCUAGACAAUGCAUUGAACUACACUUUGAUGAAAAAUAUUCCAUAGAGCCUUCUUGGGAGUGUAAAUUUGACCAUAUUGAAGUACGAGAUGGACCUUUUGGCUUUUCCCCAAUCAUUGGACGUUUCUGUGGACAGCAAAAUCCACCUAUGAUAAAAUCCAGUGGCAGAUUCCUAUGGAUUAAAUUUUUUGCUGAUGGUGAGCUGGAAUCUAUCGGGUUUUCUGCUCGGUAUAAUUUUACACCUGAUCCAGAUUUUAAGGACCUUGGCGUUUUGAAACCAUUGCCAGUUUGUGAGUUUGAGAUGGGAGGACCUGAAGGAAUUGUGGAAUCUCUACAAAUUGUCAAAGAAGGAAAAGCUUCUGAAACUGAAGCAGUAGACUGUAAAUGGUACAUCCGAGCACCACCCCGAUCCAAGAUCUAUUUGCGAUUCUUGGACUAUGAGAUGCAGAAUUCCAAUGAAUGCAAAAGGAAUUUUGUAGCCGUCUAUGAUGGAAGCAGCUCUGUGGAGGAUUUGAAAGCGAAGUUUUGCAGCACUGUUGCUAAUGACGUAAUGCUGCGGACAGGUCUUGGUGUAAUCCGUAUGUGGGCAGAUGAAGGCAGUCGAAGCAGUCGAUUCCAGAUGCUCUUUACAUCUUUCCAAGAACCCCCUUGUGAAGCCAACACAUUCUUUUGCCACAGUAAUAUGUGUAUUAAUAAUACAUUGGUCUGCAAUGGACUCCAGAAUUGUGUGUAUCCUUGGGAUGAAAACCACUGCAAAGAAAAAAGAAAAGCUAACCUAUUGGACCAACUUACCAAUACCAGUGGGACUAUAAUUGGGGUGACUUCUUGCAUUGUGAUCAUCCUCAUUGUUAUCUCUGUUAUAGUACAGAUCAAGCAGCCUCGUAAAAAAUUUGUCCAAAGGAAAACAGACUUUGAUCAAACAGUGUUCCAGGAGGUGUUUGAGCCUCCUCAUUAUGAGUUAUGCACCCUAAGAGGGACAGGGCCUACAGCUGACCUUGCUGAUGUUGCAGAUGACUUUGAAAAUUAUCAUAAACUGCGGAGAUCAUCUUCAAAAUGCAUUCAUGACCAUCACUGUGGAUCACAAGUGUCUAGCAUUAAGGGCAGCCGUAGUAACCUCAGCACAAGAGAUGCUUCUGUCUUGACAGAAAUACAACCCCAGCCUGUAAAACCACUCAUUCAGCCCAUGAACAGGAGAAAUAUCCUUGUCAUGAAGCAUAGCUACUCACAAGAUGCUGCAGAUGCGUGUGAGAUAGACGAAAUUGAAGAGGUACCAACCACAAGUCACAGGCUGUCCAGACAUGAUAAAGCUGUUCAGCGGUUCUGCCUCAUUGGGUCUCUAAGCAAACAUGAGUCUGAGUACAACACAACUAGGGUCUAA